GCAGCAACUCGAUCGGCUGGACGGCCGACAGCGGCUUCUCUCCAGCGCUUCUGCGGGCGCUGCGAUGCCCGAAGCUGCUCCUCAUCGAUGCCCGAAAGGUGCGCCGGUCGACGGGCACCUUUUCACCCCGAGAGAGGGCAUCUGCCAACUGGCGAUCAUUGGCUACGGUUCUUGGGCCGAGCGCCCCGGCUGGGCGGAAGGCAUCCCAUCGAGUGCUGUGCUUUGUCCUGGGCAGGUGAUCGUGCUUCGUCAGGCACCGCCCCAGCGUAAUUCCAUUGCCUUCAUUGCCGGCUACCUUUGUGGCUAUGCCUGCUCUGUCUGCUCUCGACAUCUGAUAUCGACCGAACGAGCAUGA